AUGGAACUAUCUAGCUGCAUAAAGCCAGGCGUGCUGAGCAGCUUGGAGAGUAUAAAAAAUAUCUCUGAGAUUAGCAAAAAUCCAUUCAGCUCGUUCUUCUAAAUUUUGUAAGAGUAACAAGAAAAAAAAAACUUUUCUAAGUUCCCAGUUCUAGCUGAAAUAAAUUCAUACGCACAUCCAAACGAAUAUGAGAAAUACAACCAAUAAAGGUAGAUCUACAAGUCGAGAAAAAUGACUUUUACUGAAGAAGAAGAUUUAUGCAAUGACACCUUCAAUCUUAAUCAAAAUACUUCUGAUAAUUUGUAAGCAAUGUAAAUAGAAUCCAAUCAGAAUAAAUUUAACUUUAAUGUUGGAAACAAUCAAAAAGAAGAAUGCAAUUAAUAACCAUUCUUCUAGGAUGAGCUUUUGUCUUAGAACUUUGAAUGUGCUGUAUCAGAAUACUGCAAUGGAUACGAAGAAGAAGACCAAGAAAACGAAGAAGGAGGAGCAAAUACUCCAGGAUUCACUUCUUAAUACCAAUCUCCUUAAUCUAAGUGUUUGAUUACAGAUACUAUCAAUAAAUCUAAUUCUUAUUACACUUAGUAAAACCCUGUUUCAAAUGAAUUUUUUACGCGCUCCUAAUAGCUUUUUGAGGGAUCUCCAGUUUUUAGUAAUUAUUUUCAUAAUAAUUCAAAUAAUUAAGCUGUGAAACAAGAGCGUAAGAUACACGCUUACAAACAAAACUAAAGCCCAAAUCCAAAAAGUGACUCUAUUUUAUUUCCCAAUUUAACUUCAUAAAAUGUUUAAUAUAAGAUAAUCAGUAAACAUUUGGAAAGGAUUUAGAAGUUGGUAGAAAAGAUAAAGAAUACCUAAGUUGUUAGAAAGUAUAUUUUAAAUAGCUAGCACACAGACUGCUUAGAAAAAGUCAAGAAUUGCUUAUUGAAACAAAAAAAAAUUAACAAUUUACCUUUUAUCACAUCUUGUUUGUAAAUAAUUCGAUUCUAACUCUUUUAACAAAAAUUUAAUAUUGCUGCUAAGGAUAAACAAAAACAACAAAACUUAGCCUAUUAAUCUUAAGUAGCAUAUCAAAAGGCAUUCCUAAAGCUUGAAGAAAAUUAUCAAAGGACAUUAGAAUAAAUUUAAAGCUACAAUUGUCCAACAGAAAACUUGAAAUACAAUUUAAAAGAAUAGCUUCUUGACUCUAAAGCGAUGGCUCUUCCUUAAAACUAUGAACAAUUGAUAAGAUUUAUAAGCAGUUUAAGAAAUUUGAUAAAUUAAAUAUAUUAAAUUAAAUUAUAAUAAUAAGACCAGUCUUUAAAUCAAAAUAAUUUAACUACACUUAAGAGAAGCAUGUCAACUCCAACAGUCUAAAUAAGAUCUUAAUCUAUAUUUUCAAAUUUUAACCAAUCUAUAAAUAAUUUAAAGAAGUCAACCUCUAUUCACCUUGCUUCAUUUUCUAAUAAUUUUAAUAGCAACUCAUUGGUUAAAGAAUCUGAAUUUUAACAAAGACAAUCAGAGAAUAAAUAAUUAAAUGAAGGCAAUAUUCCUGUCAAUUCCUAAUAAAACAUAAACUCGUUUCCCAUAUUUAACUAGAAAAAUAAUAUACCAAGCUCUAAAAAUUAAUUCUAAAAUGAAUAAAACUAGUUUUUCAUAAAUUUUUCUAACAAAAAUUAAGAAUCAUAAAACUAAAAUAUUCAGCUUUUUAACUUAAAUCCUUAAAAUAUUUUAAACUAACAACAACAACAUAUUUCAACAAGAUCAACAGCGACAACAUAAAAAGAUAAUAGCAACCAAAAUGAGAGCCAAAAUGUAAAUCUAUUUGGACUUUCAGUUUAAAAAAGUUCAAGGUCAUCUUCAGUGAGAUCGAGCCAUUUUAAUGAAGACAACGAUAUUUGCAACUCGCCUUUAUCUACAUCAAAUAACAUCUUUAAUUUUACCAAUAAAUUAUAGAAUAUUGUAAAAGAGGAUGAUAAUUCUUAAGUCUGCUACAAGAAUUCAUUUUCAAAUAAAUUUGAAUUUUUAUCUAAUAAUUUUAUUGAACAAGAAUGCCCUUAAUAAGAAUAGAAAGAAAUCAGUGAUUUCCAAAACAAUUAAAAAAUGGAAUCAAAAAAUAGUAAAUUAGAAGCUUAAACAAAAUCUCCUUUGAUAGCUUCUGAUAACGAAGAGACUGCUUUGCCUACUUUCAAAUGCUGUUCUAAUAAUAAUCCUUUCUUUGAUUAUAGUCAUACUCCAACUAUUUAAUCUUUUAAAUCAAGUCAAAAAAAUAAAUCUAAUGCCAUGUUUAUUGAGUGA